AAAACAGAGAUGAAGAAGGUGAAGACCAUGGCAAAGACAACGAAGACAAGAGGAAGAAGAAUAAUUUAAAGAUAGACAGAAUAAGAAUCACCGAGAGUCUGCAUUCUGUGACCUGCAGCAGCCAUCCCCAGCACCAGAGACUGAUAGCUGGGCGACCACUCCCAGGAGAGACUUUCUGAAUUUGUCAUCUCUUCAGAACGGUGAAAGGGUUUUGGCAUCUGGUGUUGGUUUUUUUUUACUGGGGAGUGUUUUUGCUUGUUAAAUAAACAGGAUUUUUUCCAUUUCUCUCUGAGGAAAUCCUUCCCGAACCAGGUGGGGGAGGAGCCGUGGGGGGUUUGCUUUCCUGGGGCUCCUUCCAGAGGACUUCUCCCAAACUUUGCCCUAAACUAGGACAGGGGCCCCCACUAUCAAAAACCAGGCCCUGCAAAACCAAAACAGUCUCCAAGGCCAGGCCUGCUCCGGCCUGUUCCCAGCUCCUCGUGCUGGUGUUGGGCUGCCAGGGUGGGCCUUGGUGACACGGGCACUCUGUGUCAGGGCCCUUCCUGACAUGGUGGUGGCCAGAGACCCUUGUGACAUCAGAGAGUUCCAUCCAGGCCGACGGUUUGUAGGGGCAACGCAGGUUCCGGGGUGCUCAGAUCCAGGAGAGCCACUCUGGAAGGAUCCAGAAGCAACUCCCGGGAUCCGUCUGAGCCACAGGCCCAGAGUGACAGAGGAGGACAAAGCCCCAAAGCCAUCCCCGAGUCCUGGUGGCCCGGCCCCGUGCCCAGCUGCCUGCAGGCCCUCAGCGGGCAGUGGCGGGAGCAGGGUCAGGUCAGGCCUGCCGCUGUCACACACCGAGGAGGACAAAGGGAUCCCUGGUGACAUGGCCCACGAGCAUUCCCAGUGGGAAGCUGUGAUGGAGCAGGAGAUGUCCCAGGAGGAAGAAGCUGUGGGAGGGCAGCAGGAGUGUGGAUGGGAUGAAGAUGAGAGAUCCCAGGAGCCGUCCAUCGGGAGCGUUCCUGACGAUUCCCAGGGGGAAGAUGUCCCAGAGCUGUCCCAGGGGGAAGCUGAGAGGCACCAGGAGCUCUCACCACGGGAAGAUGAUUUGCACUCCUACAUCUCCCCGUGGGAGCACCCGAGAGAGACGGAAUUGUCCCCAGCGAGGGACAGCAGCGACGAGGAGCUGUCCGGAGGGGCAGAAGCCGGGGCCCAAGAGCUGUCCCAGCGGGAGGAGGAUGUCGCCUCCAGCACCUCCGGAGAGGCAGAAGCCGGGCCCCAAGAGCCGUCCCAGCGGGAGGAGGACGUCGCCUCCAGCACCGGGGACAAAGCCUUGAGGUCAGUGAGUGAGGAGGAGCCCCAGCCUGGUUCCCCGCAGGGACCCGGCUCCCCCAGCCCCGUGGGCACGGCGCUGGCAGCAGAGGCAGCUCCGGCCCUGCCCAGCGCCUCUCCUGCCCCUGGCAGUCCCCCGGGGGCCGAGCCGGCAGCUGCUGCCCCGGCCGGAGAUGCUGGGCGGGAGGAGCUUCCCGAGCCCGUCGCUGCCGGGGAGGAGGAAAAGGCGGUGGAGGCUUCUGUGCCCAGCCAGGAGCUGCCAUCAGCAGGGACACAGAGCCCGGUCCCCGCCCCACAGAGCCCCCAGGGCUGCAGCCCGGCUCUGCUGGACUUAGCCUGGCACAUCAGCAGUGAGAUCGUGUGCCGGGCCCUGCUGGAAAUCCAGGGAUCCGGGCAGCAGCCGCAGGGACCGCCGGUGGAAAAGGCAGCGGAGUCUCCUGUCCCCAGCCAGGAGCUGCCGUCCCUGGGGACACAAAGCCCACUCAGUGUCCCCUACAACAUCCAGGACAGCAGCCCUGCCCUGCUCUGCAGGGAGCAGAGCAGCUCUGGGCAGCUUCUGAGCCAGGCCCAGCUGCAGCAGCUGCAGGAACAGGAUGCUCAGGAGGAGGCUGCAGGAGCAGCUCCAUCCCAAAGGCAGCAUAGCCCCCUGCGUGGGAAAUCCCACAUGGAGGAAGAGCUUUCCCAGCAGGAAGGUGCGCAGGAGGCAGAGCUGUCCCUGGGAGAAAGGAGCAACUCCCAAGGAGGGUCCCAGGGGGAAGAUCGUGCAGAUCAGGAGCUGCCCCAGGAAGUGUCAGACUGGAAAGAGCCCACGGCGGAAGAGAUGUCCCAGGGAGAAGUCAACAACUCCCAGGAAGACUCAGACUGGGAGGAAUACCUGGAGAAAGAGCUGCUCCAGGAAAUCUCGGACUGGGAGGAAAACAUGGAGCAGGAGCUGUCCCAGAGAGACAUCAACAGCCGGGAAGAAGUUUCCACCUGGGAAGAACACAAUGGCCAAGGCUUUUCCCCAGAGGAAUUGUCCCUUGGUCAAGAUGUGUCCCGAGGGAACAACCAUGGACACUCCGUACACUCCAGCUGGGAGGACGACAGCGACCCAGAGCUGGCGCAGGACCUCUGGCAAGUCGGGUCCAACUCCGGCAUCUGGAUGAAGCCCUUGGCCCUGGAGGAUGACGAGUGGGACGAGGUGAGCAUCCUGGAGCUGCCCCCAGAAGAAGACAAGGAGCAGGAACAGAGAGCUUUUGUGGCAGAUGAGCUCCCGCUGCCUGUCCCUUGUGAGGCCUGGGUUGAGGAGCAGAAACCAGAGCUGCGCAGCCCAGGGCUGCUCUGUGCCUCGCUUGCCCCCCUGGAAGGCCAAGCCCCUGGGAGAUACACAGCUUCUCCCUCCCAGGCCCUGCACGGGCAGCCGCGUGCCCCCAGGAAACUUCUCUCCCACUUCAGGUGGGCGCUGCGGAGGCUCUUCUGCUGUUCCUGCCUGGCGGCACCGCCCGAGGAGUAGCACGGACACGGCAGCGACAGCAGCCACUGCUCCAGAGCCGCCCUCCCUGCGGGCUGUGGCACCCACGGGACUCUGAACCAGGCAUCGGGGAACCAACAGGAACGGGAUCAGGAGCGUGGAGAAGACAGAGAUGGCACAGAGAUGAUGAAGGCCACAGUGAUGACAAAGAUGAAC